AUGGCAGAGACGAAAGUGGAGAAGGCCGAGAAAGGCGACAAAACGGAGAAAGCCGAGGAGGCGGGUGGAGCGCAGCUGGCUCAUCGGCAUGUCUUUGGAUUUAAGAGUGGCGUCAAGGGCAACAUGCACUUCACAGAUGACGCCCACCUACUGCAGCAUGACAGAGCUCAAGGGCUUGGGCCGGACCAGAAGGAGUUCCCAACUCUAGAUCCCAACUGGAGAUCGGGUUUUGACAGUUUGAACUAUGAAUCGCUGGUUUCCCCGUGCAAGAAAACUGCAAACUUGGACAGGUAUCCAGCCGGGCACAACACCAUCCUGUACCAUGCUGAUCACAAGGCUCAGAUUCGCGUUUUUCCAGGCUCGGAGGGCAGCGAAGGCAUUUCCAGCUUGGCGCUGAGUCCCAACCGGAAGUUUCUCGCGGUGUGUGAAAAGUUCCAAGAAAGAGCUGUGUGCUAUGUCUACGACGUCACCACCGGGAAGCGACGAAGAGGUCAACUCACCUACGGCGAUUGUGAUGCCACUGGGCUCGCUCGGGAAUAUGUUUGCGCGGCCUUCUCUGCAGAGAACAAGUUCCUGAUCACCCAGGGAGGUCCUCCUGAUUGGACCUUGAUUUUAUGGUCCUGGGACAAGGCCAAAGCGCAUGGCGCGGUGAAGGUGUCCAACCUCACAGGUAGCAUGAUCCACGAAUGUUCCUUCAAUCCGCAAGACUCCUCCUUGGUGUGCAUCAUUGGAGAUGGCGUCUUCAAGUUCUUUCGGCUGCAGGAAGGCACUUUCAAGGGCAUUCCCAACCAGCUGAACAAGAUGCGAGAGGCAUCAAAUCAGAACUAUGUGUGCCACACCUGGCUGAACGACGAUCGGCUGAUCGUCUGUAGUGAAGCUGGGGAUGCCUUGCUCUUCGACAGCGGGGGUGAGUUCAAGAUGGUGCUUCCAUGUUCGCCCUGUGAGCCCCGAUCGCUGCUCUGUGUGGCAUCCUUUAGCCGCGGCUUCAUCGCAGGCAGUGAGAAGGGCGUGGUCACCUUCUACGAGAGAAGUGAUGAUGCCAAGGAGAUGUUCCGCAAGGCCAAGGAGGUGAAGCUCGAUAGCUCCAUGGCGGGGCCCAUGCCCAGUGUAGGUGCUGUCACGGCCAUGACCGUGAGCCCAGCAGAGGAAACAGUGGCCAUUGCUACCAGCAGCAAUCAGCUGCUAACGUUUUCGCUCAGCCCCACGGAUUUCCUGAAAGCCGAAGAGGGCAACGUGGAGCACGCCCUGACGUCCUUUCACACAGGGCCCAUCUUUGGCUUGGACGUUUGUGUCCGAAAACCGCUGGUGGUGACCUGUGGCACGGACAAGACGGUGCGAAUCUGGAAUUUCGUCGAUCGGACGCAAGAACUGUGCAAGGUCUUCAAUGAGGAAGCCUUCUCCGUGGCCUUCCACCCGAGCGGCUUCCAUUUGAUCGUGGGCUUUGCCGAUAAGGUGCGCUUGAUGAAUCUCCUCAUGGAGGAUUUCAGGACCUACAAGGAGAUCCCCAUCAAGGCUUGCAGAGAGACGCGCUUCAGCCAUGGGGGCCAAUUCUUUGCAGCCGUGAACUCCAACACCAUCCAGGUCUACAAGACCUACACCUGCGAAGUGGUCUGCAACCUUCGAGGUCAUCAGUCCAAGGUGAAGGCGGUGUGUUGGACCAGCGAUGACUUCCACCUGGUGUCCACCGGCCAAGAUGGCGCCACUUAUGAGUAUGACAUCCUGAAAGAGGGUCGCCGCGUGUCUGAGUGGUCACAGAAGGGAACCAACUUUACCAGUAUUGUGGCCCUGACCGACUUCGAAGCAACCACCCAAACCACCACGCUGUAUGUGGCUGGAUCUGACAAGAUGUUGAAGGAGGUUCGAGAGAGCCAACUGACCAACUAUUUGGAGUCCAACGCCACCCUGGGACAGCUGGCACUGGCGCCAUGCACCCGUGCAUUGAUUGCUGGCGUGGCAGAGCCUGAAAUGCCUGGGUCCUUGCGGUGUUAUAACUUCCCUCUGACUGGCGACUACGUGGAGUACCAGGCGCAUGCAGCUCCUGUUUCUCGGAUCCGCGUCACCUGGGAUGAGCUGUACCUCUUUAGCACAGGGGAUGAUGGCUGUUUGUGCAUCUUUGACAUCAAAAAGCUUGGCCCCGCCAAGCCCGAGAAGGACUUUGGCUUGGGAUAUGCGGACGAGAUCCUGGUGACGCGACAGUUCCUGGAUGAGAAACAGGCGACACUCUUGGAAUUUGAACGGCGAGUAGAAGAACUGGACUCGCGUAUCGCCUUCCAACUCCGACACCGAGAUGGACUGCACAAGGAGAAGAUGGCGGAGAUGCAAGAGAAGUACAGUGAAGAGAUAGAGACGGAAAGACGGAAGUUCGAAGUGCUGAGGGAAGAGAAGGCUGAGAUGGAAAUGGAAAAUGAAGAGCACGUGAAGAGCCUGGAGGAAAAUCAUGCAAGGUAUCUUCAAGAACAGCAAGAGUCUUUCGACCAGAAGAUGAUUGUGGAGGAUCAGCGCUACAAGAAGCUUGAAGCCGACCUGGAGCGGGAGAAGCAGGAAUGGGAUGCGCAGCACGGUGCGCUGCUGUCGGAACAUGCUGCAGUGAUUGAGCAAAUGAAACAGGACGCCGAGAAGAUCCAACGUGCCAACAGGGAGACCAUGGACAGGGACAUCAAAGAGAAAGAGCUGGCCUUCAAGCAUCAUCAGGAAACGUUGGCACAGCUGGAGCAAGAUGCUGAUCGAGAAAUCGAAGAGCUGAAAGAAAUGCACCUAGAUCCAGCACAGAUGCAGGCGCAGAUUGAUCCCAAGACUGCAGACAUUGCUUCAAUGAAAACGCAAACCAGAGCGAUGGAAGACGAGCUGAACGACUACAAGCAAAAACAAGCAGUUGGCCAGGAGCUCAGUUUACCGCUGGAGAUGGCUGCCACCCACCAGCAUCUCGCUGUACACCGCUGUGUCUUGAUCCUUGAGGCCUUGCAAAUAUCACAGCUGCAGAUGAAGCAGAGGGCUUUGCAAGAGGAACUUGGUGGGAAGCUGCGAGAAGACUUGUCUCUCAUCAAACGCUUCAAGUUGGACCUCAGCGAUUGCACCUUGGCCGUCAAAAGCGUCAGUGGAGCAAGUUGGAUGACCAAUGGCCUGGAAACCAUUUCCGAACCGAAGGCGCUCAAGGAGAGCGUCACCGCACUCUACAGGAAGUAUGUCCAGGGAGGUGCCAAGAGGCAAGAUCUGGAUACCGACAUGCAGAAGGAGUACAACAGGCAACGAGACUACCUUGAGAAGUCGGUCGACUCCUUGAAGCGAAAGUUGGAAAAGGAUAGCCAGGCUCAUCGCAUUGACAACAUGCGCAUCAUGCAGGAGAAUGUCUCGCUGAUCCGGGAAAUCAACGACCUGCGGAGGGAGAUCAAUGCCCUGAAGCAUGAGCGGCAAGCGCAGGAGCUGGCAAAUAUGGGCCAGGGCAUGCAGACCAGCAACCGCGCCGACCUGGAACGUGGGGAGCUAGAGGAGCAAAGAGAAGAGAUUGAGGAGCUCAAUAAGCAGCUGAAAGACUUUGACCAGUGCCUUUUCAAGGUGUACAAGGGUGGUGCCAGACAGGCAUGGGAGGAAGUUCCGAAGGCCUGGGCGACGCGGAUGAACUUCCAUGAGUUCAUGCAAUGGGCAGAAGAGCAGGCAAUCAUCCGCUCACGUGGCUUCGCUGUGUCCAACAGAUGCCUCUUUGAUGCCUUGGAUUUGCAUGGAGCGGGAACCGUGACUUUAGAGGAAUUCACUUUCUUGGACCAUUGGGCGCACAAACGUCUCAAGAAGCCCCUGCCUGUGGCACCUGUUGGGGGAGCUCAAUGGGCUGGGAUUGGUGGCCGCGACGUCGCCACCUUCGUGGAGACGGUCUGUGGGCUGCCGCAGUAUGGGGCGGCCAUGGCGCAGAUCAACGGCGGGACGUUGCAGGAGCUCUACUCAAAGGGAAUGCUUCAAAAAGGCUUGACACGCGCGGGUGUGAGAGAUGCCGAUCAUCAAACCCUCAUUGCCAAUGCGGUGAGCGAUUUGGAGUACUGGACCCCAGAGGAAGUGACCAGUUGGUACCGGGAGAACUGCACCAAGCCGCCUCCCAUCCCCAUGGCCCCUUCGGCCCCGAAGCCCCUCCGCAUGGCCCCGCGGCAGAAGUUCUACGCGAAGAUCACCGGGCCCAUGACGCCCAGGCAGAAGACCUCCACGGAGCUCGGCCUGCAGCGAUCUUCCAAAGUGCCCGGGCAUUUCUCCGAGGAACGCUUUACGCCCAUCAUCUACGAGAAGACCUACGACUUUCCCAGCCGCGGUUAUGGAGAUGUAAAACUUCAGGAGCUUGAGGAAGAAGUGGUGGUUCCCCCCUUGAAGCUGCGAAAGAGUCUGGCUCGAAGUGUGCUGGACUAUGAGAGCAUGAGGGAUUCGGACUCACCGCCCCCUGGGGUGGUCGUCAAGGGCUUGCGGGGCCUGCAAUCUCUGAAAGAGGAGGAGGAGAAUGCAGCAACGAAGAUUCAAGCAAAUUUUAGGCAGAAGCAGGCCAAAAAGGAAGUGGCCAAAAAGCAGCAAGAGAAGCAAGAGGAAAGUGCUGCGGCUGCGAAAAUUCAAGCGAGAUAUCGCGGGAAGAAAGCAGGGAAGGAGGUUCAAGAGAUGCGGGAGCAGAAAGGGGCCGCCACGGCGAUCCAAGCGAGGUACCGACAAAGAGCGGCGCAGCGAGAAGUGGACGCACGGCGAAAGGAGAAACAGGAGACAGAGCAAGCAGCCACAAGAAUUCAGAGCAGAUUCAGGCAGCGACAAGCCACUGGCGAGGUUGAGGCUAUGCGGCAUAGAAGGCAAGAAGCAGAGAAAAACCGACGCCGUGAGGAGUUUAAGAAAAGCUUCGCGGUGAAGAUUGAUAUUUCAAAAGAUCCGGGGUCCUCCCAAGCAUCUGUGACCAUUAUGGUGGUGCCGAGGGAGGCUGUUGAUAUACCAAUGAACGAAGAAACUGCACAAGCAGCCACAAAGAUCCAAGCAAGGUUUAGGCAGAAACAAGCUGCAAGUGAAGUUGAUGCACUGAGAAAGAGAAACGACGGACAAAGUGCCGCUGUCAACGAUCCAGCAGACGAGAUACCAGACAAUGAGGAGACAGCGCUGGCUGCUACCAAGAUCCAAGCAAGGUUUAGGCAGAAGCAAGCCGCAAGCGAAGUUGCAGCAAUGCGACAAGGAAAUGAUGGGCAGAGUGGCCCUGCCAAUGAUCCAGCAGACGAGAUACCAGACAAUGAAGAGACAGCACUUGCAGCCACAAAGAUCCAAGCAAAGUUUAGGCAGAAGCAAGCUGCAAGUGAAGUUGCAGCAAUGCGACAAGGAAAUGAUGGGCAGAGUGGCCCUGCCAAUGAUCCAGCAGAUGAGAUACCAGACAAUGAAGAGACAGCACUUGCAGCCACAAAGAUUCAAGCAAAAUUCAGGCAGAAGCAAGCUGCAAGUGAAGUUGCAGCAAUGCGACAAGGAAAUGAUGGGCAGAGUGGCCCUGCCAAUGAUCCAGCAGAUGAGAUACCAGACAAUGAAGAGACAGCACUUGCAGCCACAAAGAUCCAAGCAAAGUUUAGACAGAAGCAAGCUGCAAGUGAAGUUGCAGCAAUGCGACAAGGAAAUGAUGGGCAGAGUGGCCCUGCCAAUGAUCCAGCAGACGAGAUACCAGACAAUGAGGAGACAGCACUUGCAGCCACAAAGAUCCAAGCAAAAUUCAGGCAGAAGCAAGCUGCAAGUGAAGUUGCAGCAAUGCGACAAGGAAAUGAUGGGCAGAGUGGCCCUGCCAAUGAUCCAGCAGAUGAGAUACCAGACAAUGAAGAGACAGCACUUGCAGCCACAAAGAUUCAAGCAAAAUUCAGGCAGAAGCAAGCUGCAAGUGAAGUUGCAGCAAUGCGACAAGGAAAUGAUGGGCAGAGUGGCCCUGCCAAUGAUCCAGCAGACGAGAUACCAGACAAUGAGGAGACAGCACUUGCAGCCACAAAGAUCCAAGCAAAGUUUAGACAGAAGCAAGCUGCAAGUGAAGUUGCAGCAAUGCGACAAGGAAAUGAUGGGCAGAGUGGCCCUGCCAAUGAUCCAGCAGACGAGAUCCCAGAAAAUGAAGAGACAGCAUUGGCAGCCACAAAGAUCCAAGCAAAGUUCAGGCAGAAGCAAGCUGCCAGCGAAGUUGAAGCAAUGAAGAAAGAGAAGGAAGAAACAGCGCAAGCAGCCACAAAAAUCCAAGCUAAAUUCAGGCAGAAACAGGCAAAGAAUGAAGUCGAAGCGAUGAGAGCCAGUGCCCCUGCAGCAGAUCCGCCUGUGGCCGAGGCUGUCGAGGCUGUCGAGGCUGUCGAGGCCGCUGAUGAUGAGAUCAAGGCUGAAGAUAUGAAGACGACAUCUGAGUCGUUUGGGGAGGUUGAAGCGAUCCUGGCGAAAAAACAAAAAGAACAACAAGACUUGGUGGGUGACAAGUCUCCCAAAGUGGAAGGUGUCCUCCAGUCGCUCCAGGAACUACAGACCGAGGUCAAUCGACUAAGAGGCCGAGAAGCUGAACUGACAGCACAGGUCGCUUCUUUUGGUGCCGGUUCGGCUGCUUCAGCUGGACCUGGCAGUGCACUGGCACAGUUGGUGCAGUCACAAAAGGAGCUUGUGGACGCCCUUAGAUCGAAAGAACAAGUCCGGUUGGUCGACAACAAGGGCCUUGGCAAGCCCGACAAGUUUGAUGGGACAGCCGAAAGAUUCUUGUCAUGGAAAAUCAAGACGUCCUCCUAUCUUGCAAGUGUUCGCAAAGACCUUCGUGAGAUUCUGGUUUGGGCCGAAGAUUGCGAUCAUGCAAUCACUGCAGAUGACAUCGACAAGGCUUUUGGGAGUCAAGCAGAUGCCAUUGACCAGGUGUCGAACAUCAGUGAAUUGAGACGCGAGCUUUGGGACGCGCUGCUAAUGCUGACAGAGCGUGAGCCCUUUGACAUCGUGCUGAACACCGGGGAAUGCGGCAUCGAAAGCUGGAGAAAGCUCACGCGGAGGUACGACCCAUCCACUGGUGGUCGCAAAAGCGCUCUCCUCAAUGCAAUCUUGUCACCGGCUCGAUCCAAGAUGGAAGAUUUGCCGUCCAACCUGGAGAAGCUUCUUGACAGCAUCAGACUUUAUGAACGUCGCAAAGACGCAUCUGGCAACCGAACGAUGUUGGCAGAAGACAUCAAGAUCAACGUGAUUGAACGAUUGGUGCCGGCAGAGCUCGAGCGUCAUCUCGUUCUCAAUCGAGAUCGCUUCAAGACGUUCGAGUCCAUGCUGUCCGAGAUCCAGUCCUAUGUGGAACAUGCCACCGGCAACAAGAUCAAGGUGGUGAAUAGCCAGCCCUACGACGCACAUGGCCGUGGGGACGAUCCUAUGGAUGUCGGAAGCUUUGGAAAAGAUGCGAAGGGAAAAGGUAAGGGCAAGAAGGGAGCUGGAGGAAAACCUGGAAAGGGAAAUGCAACAGCUGAGAAGAGAACAUGUCACAACUGCGGACGCCCAGGACAUCUGCGGGCAGAUUGCUGGGCACCUGGAGGCCCCAAACAUAAGGGGACGGGUGGCAAAGGCAACAGCAAUCAGAAUAAGGACAAGGGCAAGGGCAAAGGCAGCCCCGGAAAGCACAAGCAGAAGCCCAAAGGAGGCAAAUCUGUGAACAAUGUCGAACAAGGUGAACCAGAAGCAGAAGACUGGGACGCAGCUGAUGGCGACGAUGGUCAACAAGCAGCAAAUGGUUUAAUGCUCUAUGGCGUUGAUGGGCCACCACAUGACGAGGAUGACGACGAAAGUUUCCAGGUCGAUCCCGAGUCCGAGGAGUCGGAAGCCUUGACAAGUCGCAGAAGGUGGUUUUCUUUGCCUCACCCACGUGCGUCAUGGCCUGAAGAGUGGGACGACCCCGACUAUGAUGGACCGAGUGGAUCGAGUGGCUCAAGACCCCUUCGGUCGCUUCGACUGGAGGAGGUCACCGAGCACGAGACCACUACAUCCAAGUCCGCGUCUUCCAAGGCACCUCGAACGCCACAGGGAAGACCCAAGAGGGGCAGAAGUCCAAAGAGCUCAACACCAAAGAGAGGCAAAGCAAGCAGAUCAGGGCCAGUCACUCCGGAGUCAGCACUCCGACGCUUUCGAAUGACUUCGAUGACACCACCACCAAGGAGAAGGUUGAGGCAUGGGCCACAGACUCCAGAAGAACUUCUUCGUAGCUCUACACCUUUGCCAAAGACACCACCGACACCUAUAGCAUGGCCUGCAUCACCUCCACAACAGCCGAUAGCCUCGCCCAAGACUCCACCAGGACCACCACCAGGAUGGCAAAGCCAAGUAGCUUCACCCAAGACUCCGCCAUGUCCACCACCGGGAUGGCAAAGCUCUCAGGUGAAGCCACCACCACCUGUCAAGGCAUCAUCGGCAGCUUCGACUUCAGGUUCUCGACUUGUCCAGAUGCUGAAGGCUGCGCUGAGUUCACAAAUCCGCAAAGUCCAAGAAGAAGAUCCUGGUUCAGGAGAUGGCCAGGCAGAUGCGAUGUUAGCGGCUUUGAGGACUAGAUCUGUCAAGGCACCGCACAUCACAAAGCAGAACAUCAGCGAUCCUUCUUUCCACGACUCGAGAUACCAUGCCGAGAUUGCCAAAGGUGUUGCACACAAUGUGGCCUGGAGAAAUGAACGUUUGAGAAGACGUGCAAUCGUCCACCGACGAGGAGGAGUCAAGGCACGUGCGGCUGAAAGGAUUCGACUUGACAAAGAAUGGCAUGAACGCUUUGACAACCCAGAAAAUCCAGAAGGCAUAGUGAGAAUCGAGGAUGAAGACAACUUGGAUGCGGGCAUCGAGACGGUGGUUGUGGGCAAAGCUGGUCAGAGCACAGUGAUAGAGUUUUCAGCGGAAGAGCGGAAAACCUUGAGGCAGUUCCCGGACGACGAGGCCAAGUUGCUGCAGAAGGACCCCAAGAAGAAACCCAUGACCAAGCGUGUUCGAAGCGUUGGGUACAGGGUGAAGAAGAAUCGCAACCGCAAUGUGGCGCGCAAGAUGGCGAGGAAGAACCGACCAGCCUUGGUUCUGAAGGAAAACACUGAAGUGAACGCAGAUGAAGAUGAUGAUGAAAUGGAAGAGGUCUACAUCGAAGAGCCUGAUGAGCCUCGAGACCGACCAGGCAGAGGAGACCCCGAUGGUGGAGCUGGAUCGGCUCCUGCUGCAGUCUACAGCUUGGGGGCCUCUGACGACUGGCGAAAAUGGGAACGAGCAGAGUUGAACAUCGACACCGGUGCUGCCAUCACUGCAGUACCACUUGACUUCGCCAAGGACUACCCGAGGAGCGAGUCCAAUGGAGCAAGCUACAAGGCAGCCAAUGCGGAACCCAUCGAAGAUCAGGGAAGUGUGAAGCUGGUGGGAUACGACGAAUCUGGCAACAAGAUCCCAAUCGAUUGCCGAGUUGCAGAUGUGCAUCGGCCACUUCUUUCAGGUUCCGAGAUCGCCAAGAACUACCACAUCGCCCUUGGACCAUCUUCGGGGAGAUUGAUCCCAAGAAACACUCCUGCGGGACGGGCCUAUUCGAAGGCCAUGAAAGAUCUGAUCCGAGAUUAUGGCGAUUCAAUGCCCAUUGUGCACAAUCGCCGAGGAGUAAGACCACAAAUCAACGCUGUUGGCGAGGAUCCAGCUGUUUCAGCCGGAGCCGAUGCCAUGGAAGAUGGAGGCGAUGUUUCAGCCGCUUCGGCCGGAGCAGGGUCCUCAGGCGAUGUUCCAGCUGCUUCAGCCGGAGCAGAUGCCUUUGAAGAUGAAGUUGAUUUGGAAAUCGGUGAAGAACAGAGGAAAGCCAUUGUGAAGAAAGAACCACAUCAACCAUCCCAAGCUGAAGUUGACGAACAUGAAAGCACUGGACAUGUUGUCCAUCGGAGCUGGUGCUUGCACUGCAAAAGGGCACGUGUGACUGCUGAUCGCCAUGUGCCUAAGGAACUUGAUGAGCCAGAAACGCAGUUGCCCACGCUGAGCCUGGACUACUUCUAUAUGAACCAGGACCAGGUUGCGGAUGAGGCGACCCUUCCGAGCAUUGUGGUGAAGUGCCACAAGACCAAGAGAUUUUGGGCGAGCGUUCUCCCGGGAAAAGGGGCGGAUGCGUUCGCAAUCGCGUGGCUUGGGGGAGUUUUGGAUGAUGCUGGUUUUAAUAAGGUAAUCCUUAAGUCUGACGGUGAACCCUCCUUGGUAUCCCUUAAACAGAAGGUUAAGGAGAUAAAGACCCACAUCGAAGUGCACUUGGUGGAAACCCCAGUAGAAGACCAUCAAGCCAAUGGGUUUAUCGAAGUGGGAGUGCGAGAGAUAAAACGACAAUGUCGUGCUCUCCUCAGCGACCUGGAGUUCAAGCUGGAAAGGAAGGUAGAUCCGGGCCAUCCACUUUUGGUUUGGCUCCCGCGGCAUGCUGCCUUUCUCUUGACGAGAUACCGAGUAGGUACUGAUGGAAAGACCGCUUUUGAGCGGACCUAUGGACGAAAAUGGCGGAUUCCGCUUGUGAGGUUCGGUGAAAGCAUCCUGUAUAGGCCGAGGGCCAAUCGUGGGGGCAAGAGAAAUGACCUUGCCCCAAGGGUAUCCAUUGGGAUGUACGUUGGAACUGGAAACAGAAAUUCAGACGUCUUUGUCAUGACGGAACGUGGAAUCAUGAAGGGGAACUCGAUCCAUCGACGCCCACCUGACGAUCAGUUCAAACAUGAUCAGUUUGACUCGCUACGUGGCCUUCCUUGGAGGUUGCAAGAACGAGAACAUGGUGGACUGAGGAUCGCCCUUCCCGAUGUUGCAGCGCCUCGUGAAAGGCCUGCAGUGCAAGAAGUGAUCCCAAGGAACCUCUAUGUCACCAAGAAUGACUUGGAAAAGCAUGGGCACACACCUUUGUGUCCUGGAUGUGAAGCAGCAAUACUUGAGAUGCCAAGCCGAGCUCACAAUGCUGAGUGCAGACAAAGAAUCCAGAUCGAACUUGACAAGACUCCAGAAGGUCAAGAAAGGAUCAAAAGAGCGAGAGAGAGAGAGUUGCACAAGGCAGGCGCCCAAGAGGCGCGGCUGCACCGCCUGAGGGUGGUGGGGCAGAAGGUGGUGAAGCUGCACCACCAGUUGUCCCAGGAGGGGAAGUUGAACAACCAGUCUUGCAAGACCGUGUUCCUUUGGAUGCGGAAAUGGAUGCAAGUGAGGCUGUUGGUGAACCACUGGUCGACACCGAUUUUCGUGGAGAACUCAGACAGAGAGAACAAGAAAGAGAAGGAAGCCCAAAGAGGCAGAAACAAGAACAAUCCCGAGGCUUCAGGGUCAGCCGGACCACCGGCACCGGAUGCUUCAUCUGGUGUUCCGGAAGGUGCUGCCGCUGCACCAACAAGUCCUGAGACAAACCAGGAGAUGCUACAUCUGUGUUCCUUGCUCAAAGAUGUGAUCGCAAAAGGGAAGGUUGCUGAGAUCUUCUCUCCACCGCGUGUGGCUGCACAAGCCCAAGUGGUCGGGCUAGCACCUGGCUUCUCGAUUGACUUGGAGACAAAGCGUGGUGAUGGAACUCACUGGGACUUGAGUAAAGAUGAACACAUUCGUGAUCUGUUUCAACUGCUUGACUAUGAGAAACCAGAGUUCCUCGGCGGCUCACCUCCCUGUGGGCCAUUCUCGAAGCUGCAAAGCAUUGUGGAUGCGAAGGGCAAUGUUUCACCUGAAGUUCGAGCGCAGAGACUAAAAGAUGGUCGCAAACAUCUGCGCACGGCAGUUUCAGCGUAUGAGCAUCAAAUGAAUGCUGGAAGGUACUUCUACCAUGAGCACCCUAAAGGGGCCGCUUCGUGGGAAGAGAGAGCUGUGAAGAGACUGAGGGCAGAUGAACGGGUGUAUGAGGAGGAGUUUUGGAAGCAGCUGCCCGACAGCGAUGACACCAUCGUGGAGCCAGUGCUUGACGCACACUCCGGUGCUGUCUUGGAUGUUGACAAGGUCAGAGCCUCGAGCACUCUUCAGAGCACGAUCAGCUUGAGUUCCGGUGAAGCGGAAUACUACUCGAUCGUUCGAGGAGUUUCCAUCGGAAUGUCGCUACAGGAGAUCUUGCGAGGAGGGGUGACGGGAUAUAGGGUUCUCACUAGUUGCUACGCCAACCUUUGGCUCAAGAACACCGACGUGCGACGCGAUGGUCACGCGGCGCGGCUGCAGCUGCUGGCGGCCCGCUGGCCGAAGAGCGACGGCCUGGAGCGACGCGUUCCGCUGCAGGUGGCCAUCGAGGCGGCGCUGCUGCAAGCCGAGGAGGUGCGCCACGGAUUUUGGGGCGGCCGAAAAAAAGGGCUCUUUAAAGGGACCCAUGGGGAAUUCAUAUGGGAUGGCGUCUGCAGAGAAAUUCGCAGUUUGAUACUGCGAAGAGCUCGCUGUGAAGAGCUCGCGAAAAUGGAAAAGGAACUCGAGAAAACAAUAGGGACGGCACGACACGUGCCAGUGCAGGAUCAAGAUGCGAAGCACAGCCUUACAAACGCCAUGACUUCCCUUGCACAUCGGGACCCUACUCGCAGGGGUACCGAAAAGCAGGUGGAGAUUAUCAAGGCCUAUCAGAGGAACGAGUAUCCGAAUCAGGCCUUGAACGUGACAGGUCCACGCGAUGCCACCUACCAAUUCCAGGUUGUCCUGAUUAGGUCAUCGUUAAACGAGAAGUUUGGGAUUCGCUUUGUAUCCCUGGCAGAUGGUCGAAUGAGGGUCAUGAGCGUUGGGGCUGGACUCUGCGAGGCCCACAACGAAGAGAUGCGUUUCUAUCCGAAGCAUUCCAACAGCUACCAGCGUCAGGUAAUCCCUGAGGAUUACAUCGUCUCAGUGAAUGGCAACUCAACCAUCGAUAAGAUGAAGGAACAUUUGUUGCAAUCCCUGGUGGUUCAUAUCCAAGUAGCGAGAUGCCCACCAGCAUUGAAGGACUGAGAGAAAUGGCUUACGGUGCGAAGGUUUUUCUGGGUGAUGCAAUGAUGCUUACUCCAGUAGUUACCAGAAAUGGCCGAUGAUUUCAGGCGAAGUACUGUAGUUAAAAAAAAUGACAUGGUUUGUCCAGACUCAUGCCGCUCGCGGCUCGUGCAGCUCAUAGCUCAUAGAUGCUCAUGGCUCAACCCUCAAAUGACUUGCAACGGAAUUGCGCCCACUAAGCAGCGGAAGCAAACUCCUCGUUGAGUUUGCGAAGUUUGAGACAGUUUCGACUGCUUGGCAUUCGACUGCUUGGCACUUUUUGGUGCCUGCCAACGGACCCCGGGAUCCCAACGAAAAAGCCAACAGUUGUGGUGAUGGUUAUUUGAGC